GGAUGACCAGUAGAAUACAGCAGAGUGUAACGACGACAAGCCAAACGAAUGCAAAGAGGUUCGCGGUAUGCUAAGCUAGUUAUCGGAAUUCGGAUCCAUCGUCUCCGAGCCGAGGCUUGCGACAAUUUCUACACCAUAAUGUGACAACAUCCUAUCACGCGCUCGCUAUAUUGCCCAUCCGUUCUUUCCUUGUAUAUAUCAGUCGCUCUUCGCUAUCCUUCCGGCCGACAUGCGCACUAUGGCGCUACUUGUCGUGGCGGGCGCAGCUAUCGCAGCGUUCGCAUCGCAACCUACUCUACGAAAUAGCAUCAUCAUGCACACAGUGAAGAUGUUACAAUGGACAGGAUACGACAAACCAGGUGGAGUAUGGAGGAUCCUUGCGAUCCUUCUAGCGCUGGUGAACCUGAAGAACCUGCCAGGUGUAUGGCAUUUACGUUUCUUCCGCGCUCUCUUCUACCAGAUUUACCUGCAACCAACCCCGAUCCCCCCUCACGCGCUCUUCCAUCCAGUCAUAACCUCAUCCCGCACCACCCUCCUCGAAACCGACUACAAUUUACACAAGUCCAACAGUACAUAUUUCAGUGAUAUGGACAUUAGCCGCACACAUCUAUUCACUGCAUUGAUACGUAACGGUAUCAAGAAAAAUAGCCGCCUAUAUGGUGCGAAGAAAACCGCCCUGAAUGGAGCGAUAGGCGCCACAGAAGGCACCAGAGGUGGUCAUCUCAUUGCGUUAGGAGGUGUGAGCUGUCUGUUUAAGAGGGAGAUCAAGCCAUAUGUCAAGUAUGAGAUGUGGACGCGAUUACUAUGUUGGGACCAAAAAUGGUUCUAUUUAGUUACGCAUCUUGUGAAACCUGGACAUAAUCAUGCGAAGCAGUGGAGUUUGCAGCCUUGGAGAAAAGAUGAACGGACCAAAGGAGAAAAGGAGCAUGACGACAAAGAACUGCUCAAUGCAGUUUACGCAACCGCCAUCGCGAAAUAUGUCACGAAGCGCGGACGCAUUACUGUGCCACCUGAGGUUGUGUUGGCUGAUGCGGGUAUGGUGCCGCAGAAACCUGAGGGAUGGGUGUAUCAAGCGAAACGCAAACCAACCUCCAAAGCAGCCGACAAUAAUGUGACUCCCAACCUUCGACCAGAGCCAGUUGAUGGAACUGAGUGGAAUUGGGACAUCAUCGAAGCAGAACGUCGCCGGGGCUUGGUGGUUGCACAGAAAUUCGCUGAGAUGGAUGGCAUGCAUGGUUUUUUCGAUGGGGGGAAGGACGGCGUGAUGGGUGAGUAUGUUGAUUUACUGUUCUAGACGACGAAUAUAUGUAGAUAUGGAUAUACCCUAGACUUGGGAGUGGGAGAAGAUAUGGGCGUUGUCGGCUAUCUACACACACUGUUCCCUUCAAGUUUUAGCAAAGUAAUAGUGGGCAGGAGUUCACCAUUCAACAACCAAAGCUAUAAGAGUUCUUUUGCCAAACACACUAAAAACUGGCAAUGAGCGCACAAAACGGUAUAUCCACAAAGGUGGGGUUGAUAGAAGAACACGAAACUGACGCGUCGCGAUCGCGGUACAUGCUUUGCUUAGUCAGUCGCGUAUCUGAUCAGCCAUCUUUUCCGUCUUGUUUCCCCUCUCCUUUAUUCUGCGGUACUCAUUUGGCUGGACACUGAUACGACUCGAGAC